AUGAGUGAUUAUUCUUCUAUGGCUACGCUUCAGAAUAAUAGCCAAACGGCAGGAUUUGCGGCUGCUGUACAACGUGCUAGCUUGAUUGCGGCUAAAAUUGGUGUAGGUGGAAGCAAAAGAUCUCUCGAAGACGGACCGGAACCGAGUGCAAAAAAAUUGGCGCCAGUGGAUACAGGAUUUCCUCAGCAACAAUCAAUGAGCUUUUCAUUAGAGGAUGUUGGAAAUAGUAGUGCAUCUGCAGCGGCAGCAGCAGUUGCAGCAGCAGCAGCCCGUAUUGCUGCAUCAAACACUAGUAUACCACCAGCUCCUCCUACUGGGGGCCCACCUAACCUAAUGCAGGACCAGCAGAUUAACGAGUACAUCAGAGUGCCAGACAAGAUGGUUGGAUUAAUCAUAGGGCGUGGAGGCGAGCAAAUCACGCGCCUUCAGGCAGAGUCUGGGUGCAAGAUCCAGAUGGCUCCGGACUCUGGUGGCCAACCAGAUCGUCUGUGCACAUUAACUGGAUCUAGAGAGGCCAUUGCAAGGGCUAAAGACCUGGUGAACCAGAUUGUGAAUCACCGUGGUCGGGAGAAUGCUCCUCAGCACCAAGAUAGUCCAAUGGGCAUGGGUGGUGGUGGCCCGCCAAUGCCAAGGCCUGGUGGUGGUGGUGGACUCGCUGUUACGGACGAAAUUAUGCUUCCUGGUCCAAAAGUGGGCCUUAUUAUUGGCAAAAAUGGCAAGACCAUCAAACAACUUCAGGAACAGUCUGGAGCGAAAAUGGUUGUAAUCCAAGAUGGACCUAACACUGAGUAUGAAAAACCGUUGCGCAUUUCUGGUGACCCGUCGAAAGUGGAGCACGCUAAACAGCUCGUGUACGAAUUGCUGGCCGAUAAAGACAUGCAACAGGGUGGUCCAAGACAGCAGUAUGACGAUGGCUAUUCUCAAGAUCAAGGCAAUGGACUUGGCACUAACUCCACUGAGGUACUUGUGCCGAAGAUUGCGGUUGGUGUGGUGAUAGGUCGCAAUGGGGACAUGAUAAAGAAAAUCCAAGCAGAAACUGGCUGCAGGGUUCAGUUCCACCAGGAAAGGGAUGAUGGGCCUGGCGAUAAAAGAUGCUACUUACAAGGAAAACCACAUCAAGUUGAUCAGGCAAGGCAAAUGAUUGAGGAUUUGAUUGCCAGUGUAAAUCGUCGCGAGCAGGAGGAGAGGGCGGGGAGGGGGAGGGGUGGCGCCGCGCGGAACGGCGAAGGGCGCGUCGAACGCGAGUACCAGUGGCAGGAGCAGCCUGAAGUGCGAGUCACUUUCACCGUCUCCAACGUCAAGUGCGGCCUCAUCAUCGGCAGGCGUGGCGAAGUGAUAAAGCAGAUCAACGCGCAGACAGGCGCUCAUUGCGAGCUGGAUAGACGUGCCCAAGGGAACGAUCGCAACAACCGCACAUUCUAUAUCCGUGGACAUCCCGAGGCCGUUGAGCAUUGCAAGCGCAUCAUCAUGGAAAAAGUUGGAAUGCCAGUGAACUUUAUGCCAGAUAAUAACGGUGGCGGAAGCAGUACCGGCAGCGGAGGUGGUGGCGGUAGCUCUGGAAAUGGGGCCGACAUGUACGGUGGAGGGCCCGGUGGUCCAAGCGGCCCUCCAGCUUGGGGCUACAACCCACACUGGCACCAGCCCGCUGCUCAGCAGCAGCAGCAGCAGCAAGUGAACAUCAAUCCAGUCACUGGGCAGCCGGACUAUUCGCAACAGUGGAUUGACUAUUAUCGCUCGCUGGGGCUCAUGCACGAGGCAGAGGCGGUUGAGCAACAAGCCAAGCAACAACAGCAACAAGCGGCGGCAGCAGCAGCAGCUACGACCAGCGCUGCAAGCGCACCUACGAGCGGCGGUGGGGGCGCUUCUGCGACUUCCGGCUCUACCGGCUCUUCAGGAGGUGCGGACUACAGUGCACAAUGGGCUGAGUACUAUCGCAGCAUCGGCAAGAUGAAGGAGGCAGAGGCCAUUGAGGCACAGAUUAAGCUUAAGCAGCAGCAGCAACAGCAGCAGCCCACGCCGGCGUCCACCGCUGCGCCCACGCCGUCGCCGGCGGCACAGUCGCCGGCGCCCACGCCCACGAUGCCGUACAACGCCCACUACCCGAUGUACCCGCCCGGCGCGCCAGUCUACCCCGGCUACGCCCCGUACCCGUACCCACCGGCGCCCGAACACCAGCAG